AUGGAUGUAGUGUCGCGUCACAUCCAAGGGGAGGUGCCUUGGUUCAUGCUAUUUGCCGAUGAUAUAGUGCUGAUUGACGAGUCGCAUAGCGGAGUUAACACGAGGUUGGAGAUUUUGAGAUACACCUUGGAGUCUAAAGGUUUCAAACUGAGCAGAACCAAGACAACAUACUUAGAGUGCAAGUUCAGUGACGGGACCCAUGAUGCAGACGUAGAGGUUACGCUUGAUGCUCAAGUUAUCCCCGAGAGAGCGAGUUUUAAGUAUCUUGGGUCGAUUAUCCAGGGUAACAAAUAUAUUGACGAAGAUGUCGCGCAUCGCAUUGGAGCGGGAUGGAUGAAGUGGAGGCUCACUUCCGGUGUUUUGUGUGAUAGGAAUGUGCCGUUAAGAUUUAAGGGUAAGUUAUAUCGAGUGGUGGUUCGACCGGCUAUGCUGUAUGGGGUUGAGUGUUGGCCAAUCAAGAACUCCCACGUGUAUAAGAUGAGAGUAGCAAAGAUGGGAAUGUUGGGAUGGAUGUGUGGGUGUACCAGGAGAGACAGGAUUAAGAAUGAAGCUAUCUGGGACAGA